UUGUGUCAUAGAAACUUUAAUUUUCCAGCGGCAACAAGCGGAAAUUUCAUUUGUUUUGGACCACUUUUUGAACGCGAGCAGUCAUAAAAUACCGGUCUCGAAAUGAGUAAAAAUAAUUGUCGCGCUGAAUCUAGCUUGAUUCUAAAAGAAAUUCAAUCCCAACAACGAGAGACGCGCGAUAUUCCUUGUAAGAUUAACGUCAAUCAUUGCGCAUCGCAGAAUAUGCGAGAGCAAGAAGCGAUAUCGUAUCUGAAAGAAAAAAGGAUUCCUGACUGGAUUGAUUUUUUGAUGGGCGAUCUUUUGGUGCGUCGACCCUUCGAUCCUUUUGAACAUUUAACCCAGCUCCUGGACAGAUGCAUCCUAUCUCGUGAUGGCCUUGUUGAUCAUCCUCUCUCUUUUUCUUUACGUACAUAAUCUCCUAAUUCUUUUCUAAGACAGGGU